AUGGUCCUGUUGACAUUGACUCCUGCUGCCAAAUCUGCCGUAGAGCUCUACAAUCAAUUGUCAGACCAGAAACAGCAUGACACGUCGAGCGACCCCUCCUUGAGCGAGCCCACCGUCGGCGCUCCUGUAUCGCAUGCACAGCUGAUUGAAGUUGCGCGCUUCCUGCGCGAGAGCCAUCUUNCCAACAAGAAUGACUUUCGACUUGAUGCUCUGCUCAAGGGGGCCAACAUUUAUGUGCCCCCUCCAAAACCAAAGCCUCAGCCAGUAUGCACACGCGAGACGUCAACUCCUUCGCAUUUAUCCCUUACUGAUAUCUUCGACCAGACUGCCGAAUACACUGCCCUAAUGGCCCGUCUUCGCAGAGAGGAGGAGAGUAUCGCAUACCAACGUUUGAUCAACCCUACAUCAUCCGUACCCGAACCAUCUCGUAUACGGCCAGAGGACGAAGAUGACGAGGUGACAUACACAGAUGUCAAUCGCCAACUAGCACUCAUCAUCAACGUCCUCGUCUCUAUCAUCGCUUGUAGCGUCGCCAUCUGGAUCGCCGCCCGGCAUUGGAGUGUUCCACAGAGAAUGGCCUUGAGCAUGUUCGGCAGCGGCGCUGUUGCAAUUGCAGAAGUCGCAAUUUACAUGGGCUACCUAAGACGCAUCAAGGAUGCAAAACAAACAGAGGGAAAGAGGGUUGAAACAAAACAAGUCGUCGAGACGUGGGUCAUUGAGAAGAAGGAUCCCAAAAAAGAACAUGAGCUUAGACAGAGAAAGGGCGGCAAGCAUAGAUAA